CUCCUCUUCUGUUAGGUGUUACCUUUCAGAUGGUACUUGCAGUACCGUAUCUUCUACUUUGUUGACGGAAGUGAUCUGUGAAAGUCAACUUUUCUAUUUGUUUGAAAAGGAUUUCGACUGUUUUUAUCAAAAGACAACGCGAUAGCCGUCCUCGCGUAGAUUGACAGCGGUUUAGCGUUUGUUGUCGGCUUAAUUUUCCUUUGACUUUUGACACGCUUAGUUAUGUGGAGCCCGACACACGUCCAAGUCACUGUUCAAAAGGCCCGGGGGUUGAUUCACAAAGGAAAAAACGGUACUAACGAUGCUUUUGUUACAAUUGCCCUGGGUAAAGAAAAAUUUCAAACUUCCAUUAAAGAAAAGAUUGCCGACACUGUUGAAUGGCAUGAAAAAUGUGAAUUAGUGAUACCCAAACAGGGUAACAGGGCAGAAAUUGUCCUCACAGCGCUACAUCACAAUAGAAUGGCAGUUGAUGAAUUUCUCGGCCGAGUCAGCAUUCCCCUUGUUGACAUGGAUAUUUAUGAUAGACCUAAAAAUGUGUGGUAUAAAUUGAAAGACAAGCCAGGUAAAGAAAAGAACAAAGAACGAGGUGAACUAGAAGUAAAAAUUGCUUUUAUAGUAAAAGCAGGGAGCUUGUCAGACCUCUCUAAAAAAGGAAAGCAUAAAUCGUCACUUGGGCAACUGUCACAAGCUGCACAAUCCUUUGGUGGAAGUUUGAUUAGCAUAAGUAGUCUGGACAAGCGUAAAGGCCUUCGGAACCUGGCAACAAAAAUAGGAAACAAGAUAACUAAGUCAAAUUUUAAAAAGAAAGAUGAGCUCUCAAACAUAAAUAACGAUUUGUCUUCCCAGUCUACAGGAGAACCAGACCCAGGAGUUAUUAGUGAAAUUGAAAGUGAAGAUGACUUCAUGCUUGAUGAGUUAUCCCAAAAGAGUUCAGGUACAUCACUGAAUAUCUCCUCAAAAACGAGGUCUGUAGAAAAUAUGUCGACAAACCAUGACUUCCUUCCGCCAGCAAAACCACCAAGAUUUGUUACUUCAACACUUACAUCAUCGGUAGAAGAGAAAAAAGGUGAAGAGCAACAUUUAAAUAAAAGAGAUAUUAAUGUGGGAAAAGAUACCUACAAUAUGGAAAGGAUCAUCAUUGGGAGAGAAAUGACUCGUACCUCCUCUCCUAUCAACACUAUUCCAGCUGAUGUUUUAAAGCAAUAUGCAGGAAAAAGUCGAGAAGACUUGAUUCAAAUUAUACAUGAUCUUCAGACAAAAUUAUCUAAAGAAAUGAAAAGGCAAAAAGAUUUAGAAGACUACCUGGACCAACUUCUCCUGAAAGUAAUGGAAACAUCUCCCAGAAUUCUUCAAAACCCUUAUAUGAAAAAGGGCAAAGUAUAGCAUCAUGUUUCCAUUUAUAAUUAUAUUAGACUUUUUAAAAUUAACAAAUAAGCAUAAAAGUGUUGUAUGCAAUAUACCUCUCGUAGUAGGUUUAACAUUCUAAAAACGUCCACAUCAAGUGUCAAUUAAAUUGCAAAUAGAAAUAUCAACAUAUUUUUAAAACAUACAUAUAAAUAUCAACAUUUUUAUUUUUAUUAAUCUACAAACGCCAAUUUGGACAAAUUAAUUUACAAUAAGAUAUACAAGCUUUAUUUGUAUUAUCAAUUGUUAUACUUUUUAUUUAAUUUUUUUUUAAUUAUUAAGAGCAUAUAUACAAGCAAAGUGCUUUUGUGAAAAAAAAUUGUAAAUAUGUCCAAAGUGGGAGAUAAUAUGAUAAGAAAAACGAGAACCUAUUUAAUAGGUUGAUUGAUUAUAAUAGCAAGUGCAAACCAAAAUUCACAGGGUACAGGUGACAAAUAAUUACUAUGUAGUUACAUGAUGUAUGCUACUAAGUCAUUAUAAUCUUUUUUUAAGAAAAUCAUAGUUAUACAAUUAUAGUUUUCAAAUUUGCCCAAGUUGCAACAGUAAUUAAUAGUUUUAUGACAUAUGUUAGAUACACAUGGAAUUAGGAUAUUAUUAGGACUUAUUUAUUUAUUUAUUAUAAAUAUUUAUGGAAUGUUAUAACUUGUAAUCGUGCCUCUUUUAUUUAAGGGGCCAUGUUACCAAUUGGAAAAAUUAAAAAUGAUAACUGUAAUACUAAUAAUUCUGAAAAUGACACAUGUUUUUUCGCUUGUUCAGAAUGUAAUAUUGAAUAAAUAAAUUAUUUUGGUUAAUGUUGAAAUAACGAACUAUUUUUGAAAGUUAUUAAAAGUUGAAUUAAAUAAAGAUAUAUCGAUUUGUAAUUUAAGAUAUUAAUAGUUAAAUUACUUACAUUUAAUAUAAAUAUAUUUUUUCAAAAGUAUAAUUUAUGUUGUUAUAUCCAUUAGAUUUUUGGCAAUGCAAAAUGAUAUAAAAAUUAAAAUUUGUUUUGUGAAAUGUCAUGCUUCCAUGGAACUGUGAUUGGUUAAUAGUCGUAGUUAACUAUUUUUCUAUUCUACCUGUGAUACAAAUUACAGACCAUUUAAUUUUUAAACAAAUUCCACCCAUUUAUAAGUGAGUAGAAUCAUUUAAGCCAUUUUUUCCCAUUUUGUAUAACUACUUAUUCUUGAAACAACAAAUUUUCUUUCUGUAUAACAAUCUAUUGCAUAAGGACAUACUUGCUCUGUGAUUCUUAGCCGUCAUGUUUAUGCAACUUUCUUUUGUUAUAAGAAUAAAAAUUGUUACUUUUGUUAAAUUAUUUGUGGUAUCAUUUUGUAAUUGCAGUAAACACAGUAUAUUCUAGCUUGACAGUUUUAAACAAACUAGGUUAAUACACACUAUAUUGUAUAAAUAUAUACAUAGUGCAAUUUUAA